UCGCUGUAGCACCGCGUGCCCUCUCAGCGCCACAUCCCGGGAAACGCUUACUCUCGAGACUGCAGACAUCCGGUAAAGAUGCCUUCGGUUGAAUACGACGACUCAAAGCCGAGUUGGGCCGAUCAGGUGGAAGAGGAGGGAGAUGAAGGUUCACUCCCUUCACCAAAAGAGACAGUCAAAGGUAAUAUUAAGACUGUCACAGAAUACAAGAUUGAUGAAGAUGGCAAGAAGUUUAAGAUUGUCAGGACUUUCAAAAUUGAGACACGGAAGGCCUCUAAAGCAGUUGCCAGGAGGAAGAACUGGAAGAAAUUUGGCAAUUCUGAGUUUGACGCACCAGGUCCCAAUGUUGCCACCACGACUGUGAGUGAUGAUGUCUUCAUGACCUUCAUCUCCAGUAAAGAGGACUUGAAUGCCCAAGACCAGGAUGAGGAUCCCAUGAACAAACUGAAAGGACAGAAGAUUGUGUCCUGCCGUAUUUGCAAAGGGGAUCACUGGACCACACGCUGUCCAUACAAGGACACGCUUGGCCCAAUGCAAAAGGAACUGGCCGAGCAGUUGGGCCUGUCGACGGGAGACAAAGAGAAAGGGGCAGAGCCUGAACCUGCUCAGCCAGUCCAGAGUAAGACUGGGAAAUAUGUUCCCCCCAGCCUGCGGGACGGUGCUACGCGCAGAGGAGAGUCAAUGCAGCCUAACCGCAGAGCUGAUGAUAAUGCUACAAUCCGUGUGACAAACCUGUCCGAGGACACCAGAGAGACCGAUCUGCAGGAGCUGUUCAGACCUUUCGGUUCCAUCUCUAGGAUCUAUCUGGCCAAGGACAAGAAUACAGGCCAAUCUAAGGGCUUUGCCUUCAUCAGCUUCCACCGCCGUGAGGAUGCUGCUAGAGCCAUUGCUGGUGUGUCAGGAUUUGGAUAUGAUCAUCUCAUUCUCAACGUGGAAUGGGCCAAACCCUCAAACAACUGAGUUUCAGAAAUAUUCCAGGAGGCCUGAAGUGUUCUCCCAAUUGUCCAAGGCAGUGAUCCAAAUAAAUUCAAAUGAUAAAUCCAUUUGUCCUGUCU